AUGCUAACUACUAAAGCGCGCCUCAGUGCGAGGCAUCUCAUCACCCAUGGAACAGUACAAUUACCAUCUCGACCGUUGUUACCAUGUGCAGCCAUCACGUUACGCGCGCAUCAAGAUCCUGUUCCAAGACAACAGCUAUUAGGCCCUACGAGGUCCUACAUGAACACGACUCGCCCGCAACAACCAUGUUUGAUACAACCGCGCAUCACUUCUCGAGGCUAUGCGAACGGACGGCCGCAUCCACCAGGUGGCACACAUCGAAUGAAUAUGGGGGGUGAGCCGGAAAAACCGGCGUUGGAACAAUACGGAAUAGACCUCACAGAACGGGCACGGGAUGGAAAAUUAGAUCCUGUCAUCGGCCGUGACGGCGAGAUCCAGCGGACUAUACAGAUCCUGUCACGACGGACAAAGAACAAUCCGGUACUCAUAGGGAAAGCCGGAACUGGCAAAACUGCUAUUCUUGAAGGCUUGGCUCAGCGUAUCGUCAAGGGCGAUGUGCCUGAGUCAAUCAAGGAUAAGCGUGUCAUCUCACUCGAUCUUGGUUCGCUCAUUGCAGGCGCCAAGUUCCGAGGCGAUUUUGAAGAACGGCUGAAGAGCGUCUUAAAAGAGGUGGAAGAAGCGAAGAAAGGAGUCAUCUUAUUCGUUGAUGAGCUUCAUACGCUCUUGGGUCUCGGCAAGGCAGAGGGUAGCAUUGAUGCCAGUAACUUACUAAAGCCAGCUCUGUCCCGGGGCGAGCUACAGCUCUGCGGUGCCACUACUUUGAGCGAGUAUCGCCAAAUUGAAAAGGAUGCUGCGCUUGCUAGACGCUUUCAGCCCAUUCAAGUUGGCGAACCCACCGUCCAAGAUACCAUUUCAAUUCUUCGUGGAAUCAAAGAGCGUUAUGAGGUCCACCACGGAGUGCGCAUAACCGAUAAUGCCCUGGUCGCGGCGGCCUCAUACAGCAACAGGUACAUAACAGAUCGCUUCCUCCCAGACAAAGCAAUUGAUCUCGUGGACGAGGCUGCCAGCGCCUUACGACUGCAACAGGAGAGCAAACCCGAUGCAAUUCAAGAGCUUGAUCGUCAGAUCAUGACGAUCCAGAUCGAAUUGGAAUCACUUCGAAAGGAGACCGACAUCGCCAGCAAAGAGCGACGCCAGCGCUUGGAAGAGUCUUUGAAGCAAAAGCAAGAGGAAGCCAAAGGACUCACCGAAAAGUGGGAGAAGGAGCGCGCGGAGCUCGAAGAAAUUAAGAACGCCCAAGAGAAUCUUGAAAAAGCAAGACUGGAGCUUGAACAAGCCCGACGAGAGGGCAAUUUUGCCAAGGCUGGAGAGCUACAGUACAGCAGAAUUCCGGAGCUGAUAGAGAAGCUCCCAAAAGACGAGGAAUUGGUUGCAGGCGCCAGCCGUCCUGACUCACUGCUGCAUGACUCAGUCACGGCCGAUGAUAUAGCCAGUGUCGUCUCACGUACGACAGGAAUCCCACUUUCCAAGUUGAACAGUGGUGAAAGCGAGAAACUGAUUCACAUGGAGGAGACCUUACGCCAAUUUGUCAAAGGGCAAGAUGAGGCACUCACAGCAGUUGCAAAUGCUAUUCGCUUGCAAAGAGCGGGACUUUCUGGGGAGAAUAGGCCGAUAGCUUCUUUCAUGAUGCUGGGGCCAACAGGUGUCGGCAAGACAGAGGUAUGUAAGAGGCUGGCAGAGUAUCUGUUCAGCACUCCACAGGCAGUCAUCCGUUUCGACAUGAGCGAAUUCAGCGAAAAGCACACUGUCUCGAGAUUGAUAGGCAGUCCAGCCGGAUACGUAGGCUAUGAAGACGCCGGACAGCUCACCGAGGCCGUAAGACGAAAGCCAUAUGCCGUGCUCCUUUUCGACGAGUGGGAAAAGGCUCACAAGGACAUUUCCACACUAUUACUGCAGGUUCUAGACGAAGGUUUCUUGACAGAUGCACAAGGUCACAAGGUUGACUUCCGCAACACGAUCAUUGUUAUGACAUCGAAUCUGGGCGCAGACAUCAUCGUCGGCGAUGACGCCUUACGUUCAGGUAAUCAAGACUCUGGCGAGAUAUCGUCUGAUGUCCGCAAUGCUGUCAUGGAUAUCGUUUCCGCCACGUAUCCUCCCGAGUUCCUCAAUCGUCUCGACGAAUUCAUAAUUUUCAGGCGCUUAUCUCGUGAAGCACUGAGGGACAUUGUAGACAUUCGACUGAAAGAGCUCCAGCAACGAUUGGACGACCGAAGAAUCACCCUUGAUUGCCCCGACGAAGCAAAACAAUGGCUCUGCGAUCGCGGAUACGACCCUAAGUAUGGAGCGAGGCCGUUGAACAGGCUUAUCGCACGAGAAAUUGGUAAUGGCCUUGCAGACAAAAUUAUUCGAGGAGAAAUUCGAAGUGGCGACACAGCUAAAAUCGGCGUCAAAUCGGAUGGCUCAGGCCUCGAGGUGACUGCGUGA